CAGACUUUCCCGGAGAAUCGUGAUCGUGUGGAAGCCCAAAGUCACGAGGAGGAUCCCCCAGCUAUUGCUGGUCGUGCAAGAAAAAGAGAUUCAUUUUUUUGUGGCGUUUGAGACAGACUCAAACAAGCGUAACCAGAUGGAUAGACGGUACAUGAAGUCUAUGCAAACAAAAAUGCAAGAAUGGUAUGCUAGGACUAAGCUGUCAGCACUCUGCUUUGCAUUUUGGAAAGGCCAGUUCUGGAUUGCAACAGUGCAACAAGUUCAAGCUCAAGAAAUGGCAGCUGAUGAUGACAUACCACCAGAAGACCCUGUGCAAUUUAGAGUGGUAGAUCUGAGGAAAAUGGUUGUUAGGGAAGUCAAAAAAGAUGGGAGAUCUAAGCCUGGAUGGGGAAGGAAGCAUGCAGACCAGUUUGGUGGCCUGAAGAAGUUGAGCUCACAAAGCAGCCAGCGACCACAUCUGGACAACUUAAUUUCAGUAAUGCAUUUAUACAUAAAUUGGAAUCAACAACAGCACCCUCAAGAGGUUGACAUCACAGUAAAUGGUUCUGCUCACAGUCCUGUGAUUCCCAUUCCUGUAUCAUCAGCACCAGCUUCUACUUUUAUUUCAGAUCCUCCCUCAUCUGCCCCUGAAGUUUUUGCAAGCCCCAUUUGCCCUCCUGCUCCUUCAUCAACACCUGCUGUCACCACUUCCAUUUCUGAUCCUCCCUUUGCAACUCCUGAAGGUCACGUUCAACCUUCUCUUGUAUUUGAGGACAUUGUUGAGAGGAAAUUUGGGAGUGAAUCAGUUUACUGUGGUAAUAUGUGGCAAUCUGUACUGCAAACCUGCAGUGAACUGAAUCAGAUCCAAACAUCAAAGAUGCUGCGUAUUCUAGGAAAACUGAAUGAAGACAGAUUUUCCAGCUAUGUUGACCAGUCCAUUUAUGAGCUUGGUCUGGAGCCCAUCUACUCAAGUGGGGAUGGAAACUGCUUUUAUAAUUCACUAUCCAUACUCAUGUCUGGACAUGAAAGUGACAGUGAAUUUUUUAGACUGGGUGCAGCAAUGUAUGGUCUCGCUCACUAUAACCACAUUGUUGAUGCAAAUGCGUGGCAUUUUAGCCUUUCACCAAACGAGGUUCAGGAAAUUAAAGACAAAUCCAUUCAGGAAAUUGUUGCAAAAAGUGUCCAAAGCCAAGUCUUCAAUGCCUUACAGAAUUUUACUGAUAUUGAACUCUUGCAGGUAACCUCUGCUGCCGGCUUUUUGAAGAAACCAAUACAACAGCACUGCGAACUGUCUGGGGCUGUAUGGUACAACACAAAACAAAGUCCUCCUUGUUGCUUCCAGCCAGACAGGGAAGAGGGGCCUUUUCACAUCAUCUGGCUGCCACUUACAGGACAAGGAAACACCUUCAACCAUAUAUGCCCCCUUCUGCCAUGGAAGUGUGUUGCAUUAGAUGCUUUCUUGUGCGUGUUUUGGCGAGGAUUUAACACCCAACAUUCAAGUCGCAAUGAGAUGGUGCAGUGCCUUACCUGCUUUGAGUGGUACCACUGCGUUUGUUUGGGCAUUUCUCUCGAAGAGGCCAAGGAUUCCACCAUAGUGGAUUGUGGCUGCACGUUGCCCCACCCAUAUCGGAGCCACGACAUAUCGGUGUACUCAAACCAAGGUGGCAUUCUACGGUUUCUAGCGAAGGCGUAUUUGAAGGCCGAGCGCAUGACAGCAGUUGCAAUGCCUAUCAUUGCUUCACUUACGAAAGACCUUUCCCUACAGACCCGGCUCUUUAUGGAUGUGAUGCUACCAGAAGUAUUGUAUUUGAAAUUGUUUCUAGAACGGCACGGCUUAUGGAGCAUAAUCAAGUUCAUCAUGGAAAAAGAGGAUCUCAAUUAUUUUAGAGCUUCAAUUUUCUUUCAAAAUAGUCUUGUUUCGGCAGCAACUUCAUAGAUAGUUUUAGGCUCACUUUGCCAAACAUAAUUGUCGGUUUUAUUACAUCAUCAUGACAAACCACAUAUCAAAUUGUGGUCAGCAAUACAUUGGCGAAAGUUUUGAUCCAGGUGCUUCAGGAAAUUAAAUCCAGUCCGCUCUUAACUUCGCGUAUUUUAUCGUGUACUUUCUUAUGUUUGAUACAAAUAGUGCGGUGGUUUAGUUAUUGAAAACCCUUAAUAACAGGAAUAAAUUUCAAGAAAAUAA